AUGUUUUCGACAAAGUACAUUGCUGUUCUAUUGUCAGCAUUUGCUGCGGUAGAGGCAAUCGCUUUGCCUUCUUACGAACAAGCCUUAGACCACGCCGCCAGAGGUUUGGUUCCUCAGGCUUUUGCUGAUGCCCUUAACCCAGCUCUUGAAAAGAGGGCCGAUUUCAUGUGUCACGCUGCUUGUGGUCUGGCCAUUUAUGGUGCUUGGGAAUGUGGACCAGAAGCAGGUCCAUUUGACGAAGAGUGCUUAUGCGCUGCAGACUCCUCGUUUUCAACCCAGAUCGACGCUUGUCUCGACUGUGGAUGGUGUAUCUACAUGUCCUACUUUGGUAACCUGGCAGGUCCACUGGAUGCUUGUGGACUGCCAGUUACCCCAACUGGUACAACAUGUAUUGAGACUGCUUCUACGCUGACUCCAACCCUUGGCCCUUUUACUGACUACACUCCAACUCAUCCAAACAAUGUUCCAACUUCUACCGAGGAGCCAACCGAGGAGCCUAGUGAAGAUGUAACAUCCACCGAAGAUGCAACAUCUACUGAAGACUCAACCGAAGAACCUUCUUCCGAACCAACACCCGAUUACUCGGAUCUAACUCUUGGAGAGGCUAUCACUGACAUUAAAGUUGUAAGUGAGAGGACAUCAACCGAAUCCGGCUACUAUAACGACUGGUUUGUUGUUUACAUCACUUUUGACACUACUGGACGUGACAUUGUCCUUCCACCUUACGCUGUUGUUCAAGUUGCCCUACCAGAAGAGAUUAUCUUCAUUGAACAUCCUCAGUUUAGUGCUUUUAGUGAUCCAUCCUUGAUUAACUUCUACACCACUGGUGGUUCUGGAGUGAUGAGCUCUAAAGUUGAUUGGAAUACUAACGUUUUGAAUUUCACUUUUUCUAACCGUGCUCAGGUGAUUACUGAAGUGAAGGGUACCAUUUCAGUUACCAUGAGACUUAAGGAUAACUUUGUUUCCACGCUGAGUCCUGGAGAGUAUGACUUCAAGUUCUACACUGGAGUUUCAGAAAUUGUUUCAACCUUCGAUUUCUUACCACUAGACAGAACUGCGCCACAGAAAUUGAUUCUAGGAGGUGCUGAUGCUGUUAAUUGGGUUGUUGAUAUUCCAGGUGCUCCUUACCCUGAAAUCACCAACAUCAACGUUGGAUCUGUUAUCAUUGAAAACGGAUGGAGAUACAAGUACAUUUAUGAUUGCGAAAACCUUAAGUAUAUUAUUGCCAGUGACUUUGAUGAGUGGAAUAACGUCACAACUCCUGUUGGAGACUAUCUUCCGCUAAGCAGUGCCGAUUCAUCAAUAGCUGACCUAGAAUGUGGUCUUGGAGGUGUAUCUUUCAGCUUCACUGAAUCACUAGGUGAAAACGAAGUUCUAAGAAUUUUUGUUCCAUCCGAAGCAAUGGUGAGCGGUACGCUAUACAUGGAGAAUAUUUUCACUGUUGAUAUUACCACCGGAUCCGAUUCCGUCGAAAUAACAAAAAGAGAAGAGUUUUCGUACACAUUUGAUGAAACUUAUUAUGGUGAUACCAGAGCUGAAACUAAUGUUUUCGAAGUAUUUGCUCUGGAUGAUCCUCCUGCUAGUUCUGAGCCCACCGAAGAACCAACCUCUGAGGAGCCAACUUCUGAAGAGCCAACUUCCGAGGAGCCAACUGAAGAAUCAACUGAAGAACCAACUGAAGAGCCAACUUCCGAGGAGCCAACUGAAGAAUCAACUGAAGAACCAACUGAAGAACCAACUGAAGAGCCAACCUCUGAGGAGCCAACUGAAGAGCCAACUUCCGAAGAGCCAACUGAAGAGCCAACUUCCGAAGAGCCCACUGAGGAGCCAACAUCUGAGGAGCCUACUGAGGAUGCAACCUCUACUACUGAUGAUGAUGAAACCUCUACCGAAACCUCUACUGAAGAACCAAGUGUUGAACCUACUGGUUCUUACACCGAUCUGACACUCGGUGAAGCAAUUACUAAAGUUGAAGUCACCAGUGAGAGGACAAAUGAGGCUUCCGGAUACACUUCUGACUGGUUAAUUGUGUCCUUCACCUUCAGUACUACUGGCAGAGAUAUUAUCUUACCACCUAACUCUGUUGUACAGGUUGCUAUUCCAGAUGCACUUCAAUUUAUUGCUCAUCCACAAUAUGCUGCAUUCCUUGAGCCAUCGUUGAAAAACUUCUACACCAAGAAUGAAAAUUUGAUCAUGCGUAGUAGAUUCAACUAUGAUACCAAUGUCAUUGACUUCACGUUUGACAAUCGAGGCCAAGUCAUUACCAGACUAGAGGGUGUUGUUUAUUUCACCAUGAAGUUAGAACAAGAUUUCAUUGCUACGUUGAGCCCAGGUGAAUAUGAUUUCGAGUUCCACACUUCUGUUGACACCCACACUUCAACCUUCAACUUCCUCCCAUUAGUUAGAUCCGAGCCAAUUAAAUUGAUAGCAGGUGCAGCAGAUGAAGUCGAAUGGUUUAUUGAUAUUCCAGGUGCCUACAACGAUUUGGCAACCAUAGAUAUCAGUUCUGAUAUCGAUACUAAUGCUGAUUGGCAAAAUUACUUCUAUGAUUGCUCCAAGCUCAAGUACACCAUUGGAAAAGAGUUUGAUCAAUGGGGAAACUUUACAGCUGGAUCAGAUGGUAAUCAAUACAGUAACACCACCAAUGGUUACGUUCCAAUUACUGAUUCUACUGGCUCACCGGUUGCUGAAGUUCAAUGUUUGUUGGAAAGCAUCUCGUUAAGUUUCACAAACCCUUUGGCUGAAGAUGAGGUCCUGAGAGUUGUUCUUCACUCUUCCGCAUUUAGAAGUGGUUCAUUGUACAUGGCCAACACGGUUAACGUUGACAUCACAACUGGUGCAUUAGUGAAAAGAGAACUUUUCUCUUAUGCGUUGGACGAGACCUACUACGCUGAAACUAGAUCUGAAAGAUUGGCAUUCGACGUAUUUGAACUUGCUGAUCCUGUUGAGGAAACUUCAGAGGAGCCAACCUCUGAACCAACCUCUGAGCCUACCGAAGAGCCAACUUCCGAACCAACUGAGGAGCCCACCGAAGAGCCAACUUCCGAAGAGCCAACUGAAGAGCCAACUGAAGAGCCAACUGAAGAACCAACUUCCGAAGAGCCAACUGAAGAGCCAACUGAAGAACCAACUUCCGAAGAGCCCACUGAGGAGCCAACAUCUGAGGAGCCAACGUCCGAACCAACUGAGGAGCCCACCGAAGAACCAACCUCUGAGGAGCCAACUUCCGAACCAACUGAGGAGCCCACCGAAGAACCAACCUCUGAGGAGCCAACUUCUGAAGAGCCAACUUCCGAACCAACUUCUGAACCAACUGAGGAGCCCACCGAAGAGCCAACUUCUGACGACUUGUCAAUUAACCCAACUGGUGUGCCAACUGAGGAACCUACUGAAGAGCCAACCUCCGAGACUACCGAGGAGCCAACUUCUGAUGACUUGUCAAUUAACCCAACUGGUGUCCCAACUGAGGAACCUACUGAAGAGCCAACCUCCGAGACUACCGAGGAGCCAACUUCUGAUGACUCGACAAUCGACCCAACUGGUCAGCCAACUGAGGAACCAACCACCGAUGAUCCAUCAAUUGCACCUACUGCUGUGCCAACUUCCGAAUCAUCUUCGGGACAAUCGGUGGUUACUCAAAUCACUACAGCCACUCAGACUACCAUCACUUCAGUCUGUAACGUUUGUGCUGAGACCCCUGUAACAAUCACAUACACAGCACCAGUCGUGACUGACCCAGUUUCUUACACUACUGUCACUUCAGUUUGCCAUGUAUGUGCAGAGACACCAAUCACAGUUACCUUGACUUUGCCAUGUGAAACUGAAGAAGUUAAAAAGACAGACGGUCCUAAGACUGUCACUUACACCGAAGUGUGCAAUUCAUGUGCUGACAAGCCCAUCACUUAUACCUACACUGCACCAGAGUCCACUGAAGGCGUUGAGUGUACCACAGUUACUUCUGUUUGCAAUGUCUGUGCAGAAACUCCAGUGACUGUUACUUACACAGCUCCAAAGGAUACUUCUGCUCCUAAGACAGUCACUUAUACUGAAGUUUGCAACUCAUGUGCUGACAAGCCUAUCACUUACACCUACACUGCACCAGAGUCCACUGAAGGUGCUAAGAGUACUACAGUCACAUCUGUUUGCCAUGACUGUGCAGAAACCCCAGUAACUGUUACGUACACCGUUCCAAAGGCUUCCACAGUACCAGUAGAGAAUACUACCGUGCCUUCUAAACCUACCAAUCCUGGCCAGCAGGACACUACGAUAACAACUCAUGUUACUCAAACCACGUCUUUGGUGACAGCCUCCAGUAGUUCCACUGCACCUCCUGCAAUUAGCAGCGCAGGACCAGAGAAUUUGGCUGUGCGUUUCUCUGCUGCUGGAUUGUUUGCAAUGCUUCCAAUGAUUUUAUUGGCAUUGUAA